AUGCCGCCGCCGGUGCUGCUGACCGAGCUCCUCGAGGAGGUAUUCCUCCGCCUUCCGCCGGACGAGCCAGAGCACCUCGUCCGUGCCUCCGCCGUCUGCAAGCCGUGGCGCGGAAUCCUCGCCAACCGCGGGUUCCGCCGCCGCUACCGGGAGCGCCAUGGGACGUCUCCCGUCCUGGGAUUGUUCCAGAACAUUCGAGGAGACUGCCGAUUCGUCCCCACCUCCGCCUUUCAACCUGCCGAGGCUGACAUUCGCAGCUGGGUUGCCAUGGACUGCCGCCACGGCCGCGUGCUCUUCUGCUCCGACGGCAUGGAGAUCGGAGGGGGGCUCGAAUUCCUCGUCUGGGACCCUAUGACAGGCGACGAGCGCCGUGUGGCCUGGCCGUACCGCAUAGAUCCCAUUGCGUGCUUCAGCAUGGCACUGCUCUGCGCCGCCGAAGGCUGUGACCACCGUGGUUGCCAAGUGCAAGGAGGACCGUUCCGUGUUGUGGCCGUCCUGUCUACCGGAUGGGAGAGCAGAGUCACAUCCGCGUGCUUAUACUCAUCGGAGACCGACGGGUGGAGCGAGCUCACCUCUUUUGCCCAUCUCGGUGCCUCUGGCUUGAAUAUGCCUAGCAUCCUUGUCGAUGAUGGGCUCUACUUCAACAGCAGUGGAAAUCAGAUCCUCAAGUACCAACUAGCCACACUUGAUUUUUCAGCGUUUGAGAAGCCGGUCAUGUUCAAUGGAGGGGAACUCAUUAAAACAGAAGACGGCGGGUUGGGAUUCGCUUGCCUGAAUAACACAAACAUAACCCUGUGGUCAAGGGAGACUGGUCCUGAAGGAGCCGUCGGAUGGGCACAACACAAGGUAAUUGAUCUCGUGAUGCUGCUCCCUGAUGCCGCCCUCUCGGUCCCAACAUUGUCUAGUAUGCCGAACAUUAUGCGUGCGUAUGGCUUCAUGGAUGUCACCCAUGUAAUUUUGGUGGGCACAGAUGUUGGUGUGUACAUGGUCGAACUCAAGUCAGGACGAUCCAGGAAGGUGCUCAAGCAGCCUUGCGAAUUUAGUGAAGUCUUUCCCUAUGCGAGCUUCUGCAUUCCAGAUAUCCCUUGCGUGCAUGCAACCAUGUGCAAUCUUUUGUCGUGA